ACCUCAUCCUUGCGCUUGUCUCUCUUCCUCCUUCUUUCACUUCCCAACAUUCAACAUUCACAAACGCAAUCAUUUACUAGCCACCUGUUCCUUUAUUUCUUUAUUAUUUUAUUUUCCAUUUCCGAGUCUCUGUUUCUUUUCUUUUGCUUAAUUGUAUAACUACUUGCUACUUGUCCAAUUAUUCAAAAGUCAUUUAGUGGGUGACUGACACUCACUCUUUCUCGUUUUCAUUGAUUAAACUUCAGUCAGUCACUCCAAAAAAAGAAUUCACUCCACACUUUGUCGCCCUUUCCUAGUCAACAGUCUUUCAUUUUAUUCAUUAUCACCUUCAUAUUCAUACAUUCUUGCUUGUCAUCCCUUCCUUCCUCUCUCUCUUUCUGCUUCAAAAACCUUCUUUAUCCCUACUCUGUUCUUCCACAAAAUAAUAAUAAUAAUAAUAAUAAUAAUAGUAAAAUAAACCAUGGAUGGUGUUGACUGCGACUGGUGCCUGGUUUGCGACAAGCGCACGAGCAGUGGUGCAACCUAUUGCUCUUCAGAAUGUCGUUCCACAGACCUCAUCUCAUCUUCAGCAUCUUCGGCCUCAUCCGCCUCAUCCGCCUCAUCAUCGAGUUUCAUGACAGAUUCAAAUGGAGCACCGUUAGGUACUUCUGCCUCAUCGUUUGGCAGUAACAAUAGUUAUGAACUGCCUCCAUUCGUUCGCAAGCAACGGACGAGUAUACCCAAUAUCUACGCACACUGUACAUCAAACUCUAAUCCACCAAUGAGUAACUCGCUCCUCUUUGCUUCCAGUCAAGGAGGACACGGUCAUGGAUCAGCACUGAAUCAGAACCUGUCAGAAAAGCAGCAUUCUUCGACAGCCCCGUCAUCCGUAACGCACCCGGUCCCAGGCUCGGCUGCCACACAAUACCCGCUCUUUUACGCCACAUUGAAUGCACUCCGUCCUAUCUCACCUUCUAGUCCGCAACAGGAUCAGUAAGAUGUUAGUCGGUCUUUAGGGACCCUCGAGGCAGUUUCUCUUCGAAGACGCGGAAUAAUGCCUUGAGGCACCUCUGUUACACUAUACAUUUCUUCUUUAACGGUUUUCCCCACCAUAUCUCUUGCUUUCUUCUCCU